AACACUUAUUCAUGUCUAUGAUGUGUUGGGCUUUUCUGCAGCGACAACUCCCACACUUUCUGUUCCCCUUUCUCCGAUUUGCGGCCGUGCCGAGAAAAAAAAACAAAAAACGAAAGUGAGUUUGUCCUCUUUCUUUGGGAAAGCUCUCGAAAAUUCUGUUGACUCCUUUGUUUCCAUGAGCUCCGGACAUCCCCCUGGUGCUGCCUCAGUGAACUCGGCUGUUAGAAGUGUCACAUUGUGGCGCAUGUGGGACUCGUCGUGGUCUUUAUUUAGCUUGGCAUAUCACCACGUCACAAGAUCCCAGUCCAUAUGACUAAGGGCAUGCGGCUCUAUUGUCAGGCCGGUGAAAGGAGCCACUGUCAGGGGACUGGUAAUUGGAAGGGGAAUUGGACAAAUUUGCUUUGAUUGUUCUACCAGAAGUCAUCAGGUGUGUGUGUGUGUGAAAGAGGGCCACUUAUCUAAUGCAAGGCCGCAUUUGGCGUUGAUGCAUGUUUACAACUCAAAACUAUUUUGAGCAGAUUUUGACUUGACAUCAUGUCGAAGAAGAUUAAAAAAAAAAACGCAAAAAAAUAAAUAAAAAAUUUGCAGGAGAAUAUACCUAUAAGGUAUUUGCCUGAAUAUCUACUACCACGCGCUUUAACUUUUUAGUCGAUGCUAGCACACGUCGCGUCACAUCUGCCGUAAAUCAACACUAACACCGAGGCGCAAACAGAUAAACUACCGCCCGGUUUAAUGGCAAGAUAAAAUUAGUGUCUCUGAUUUCGUUAACACCACAGACGAGGGAAAUUUGUGUUUUGGUACACAGAGGCGUGUUGUUAUGUGUUACGCAAUUGCAGAAGUGGCUCCAGUGGUGGCCUGUGCGUGCCUCCUCUCCUCCCCUCCCCUCCCCUCUUUCUGCGUGCCGCUGACCAAAUUAAAUGGACAGGCCGCCGGCCCCUGUUCUUAUUAUUACUCCCGCCCGCGAUCGCAUGCACGCUCCCUCGUGGUUUCUCCUCCUCAGCCCGACGAGCCACUUGAGCCUCAGCACUCGCGCUCCUUUCGGAGGCCGCGCCGUUCAUGUGAAGGGGAGAGUCCGCGGAGCUCGCGUGUCCUUGGGGCGAGGAUGGGGCAACAGACGUCUGCGCAGGAAGACCUGGAUGAAACGCCGGAGGUGCUGUCCGUAGUCAGCGAUGACAUCGUGCAGGAGGAUGGUCCUCUGUGUGCAGCCGAAAUCGGCUCUGGACUCCAGAAGCAGUUCGCCAUCCUUCCAGGGGGCCGCGGGGCCGAUGGCAGCCCGAUCAUCGUCUUCCCAGAAUUCCCAGAGUUCGGCGAGCUGGAGGAGGGGGAGGUCCAAAAUGUCCUCACCUACCUCACGAGCAUCCCCAGUGUUGCGGCAUCAGGAGUGGGCUUCAUCCUGGUCAUCGACAGACGGCUGGACCGAUGGGCCGCCGUCAGGGCCACCCUGCACCGCAUCGCAGGUUCGUUUCCAGCAUCCAACAUAAAUUUGGUUCUGGUGCUGCGUCCCAAUACUUUGUUCCAGCGGACUCUGUCAGACUUCCUGUUCAGGUUCAACAAGGAUGAGUUCAAGAUGAAGGUGGUGAUGCUGAGUUCGGUGACCGAGCUCCAUGCGUACAUUGACCCAGGACAACUUACCACGGAGCUGGAAGGCACACAGGAAUACUGCCACGACAGCUGGAUCUCGCACCGCACUGCCAUCGAGGCUUUCGCCCUCAUGGUGAAGACCACGGCUCAGACCCUGCAGGCGUUCGGCACCGAGCUCGCAGAGACGGAGUUGCCCAACGACGCCGAGGCCACCACCAACCUGCUGCACAUGCACACUCUGAAGAAGGAUAAAAUGAAGGAGGACCUGCAGGUGGCGCUGUCUCAAGGAAGACGCUUGUUGGACUGUAUCAACGAGCCUCUACAGACAGACCCCGAAUACAACAUGAUGCACGAUGAAAUGGAAAACUUGGCGACUGUACAGAGGCUGCUGGGUCAGCUGGAUGAAACGGAGACGGCGUUUGACGAUUUCUGGGAGCGUCACCGCACCAAGCUGGAGCAGUGUCUGCAGCUCCGCCACUUUGAGCUGCACUUCCGUGAAGUGCGAGCCCAGCUUGAGGUGACAUCGGAGCGGUUGUCGGGCUUCUCGGAGGUCAGCGUGAGCCCCGCCCACGCUGAGCACGUCCUCAAAGAACUCACCGGCCACGAGGACAAGGCCUGUGACUUGCUAGACCUUGCCUUGUCCUUGGCCAACGACGGCGACAUGCUGAUAGAAAACUCCCACUACGCCGAGGACUCCAUCAGGCCAAAGUGCAGCGAGCUGAGAGGGGCGUGCGAGGAGAUCAGCUCGACUCUGAGGAGCAAGAAGAGCCUCCUGCUCCAUGCUUUGGAGCUCCACCACGCUCUGGAGCAGGCAUCCCGGUGGUGUGAGGACGGCAUCUUCCUCCUGGCGAGCCAGCCAGUGGACCGCUGUCAGUCUCAGGAUGGAGCUGAAGCAGCUUUGCAAGAACUGGAGAGAUACCUGGAUACGGCGCCGCUGCAUACGCUCACUGACCGCAGCGCCAUCUGCUGCCAGUAUGAGGCGGUGCUCAACACUCAACUCAGGGACCAGAUAGAGAGAGUUUUCCAGAAGCAAGGCUCAGUCCAGGAGAUGUUUGAGAAGAGACGCGUCAGCCUGAAGAAACUCGCCGCCAAACAGACUAGACCAGUUCAGCCAGUAGCACCAAGACCCGAAGUCAAGUCUCCACACUCAUCCCCCAUACAAGAAAGAAAAGAGAGGAGAUACUCGGCAGAUAACGUUAUCUGCAAAAAGACGGAGUCCCCAAUACAUAACGGUGGCACGCGACACGCUUCUCUUUCAGAAGAAGAAGAAAACCUGGCAGUACUUCGGCGUCACGUGAUGAAUGAGCUGCUGGAGACCGAGAGAGCAUACGUGGAGGAGCUACUGUGUGUGCUGGAGGGCUACGCAGCGGAGAUGGACAACCCCGCCAUGGCUCAUCUCAUCCCCAGUACAUUGCUCAGCAAGAAGGACGUCCUGUUUGGCAACAUGCCUGAAAUCUACCAGUUUCACAAGAGGACGUUUCUGAAGGAACUUGAAGCGUACACGGACUGCCCCGAACUAGUGGGCCGCUGCUUCUUAGAGCGGAUGAGGGACCUGCAGAUCUACGAGGCUUACUGCCAGAACAAACCUCGCUCGGAGAGCUUGUGGAGGCAGUGCUCCGACUGUGCCUUCUUCCAGGAGUGCCAGAAGAAGCUGGAACAUAAACUUGGUUUGGACUCCUACCUCCUUAAACCUGUCCAGAGAAUCACCAAGUACCAGCUACUGCUCAAGGAGUUGUUGAAGUACAGUAAAGGCCGCGAUGGCUGCGACGACCUCCAGGAAGCCCUCUCCUCCAUCCUGGGAAUCCUGAAAGCUGUUAAUGACUCCAUGCACCUCAUUGCCAUUACAGGAUACGAGGGUAACCUGUCGGAGCUGGGUCGCCUGCUGAUGCAGGGCUCCUUCAGCGUGUGGACGGAGCACAAGAAAGGCCACGCCAAAGUCAAGGACCUGGCCAGGUUUAAGCCCAUGCAGAGGCACCUGUUCCUCCACGAGAAGGCCCUGCUCUUCUGCAAGAGGAGGGAGGAGAACGGGGAGGGCUACGAGAAGGCGCCGUCCUACAGCUUCAAACACUCGCUCAGUAUGAGUGCGGUGGGUAUUACGGAGAACGCGAAAGGCGACAACAAGAAGUUUGAGAUUUGGUGCAACUCCAGAGAAGAAGUCUUCAUAGUCCAGGCUCCGACGCCAGAGAUUAAAACAACGUGGGUGAACGAGAUUCGCAAAGUCCUCACUCAGCAGCUCCAGGCCUGCAGAGAUGCCAGCCAGCAGAAGAGCUCGGACUCAGUUUCACCGAGCCCCACCAGCAACACCUCCAUCUCCCUCAGCCCCUUCCGUGGCGGCGCUCAGAAGAACCAGAAGAAGCAGGAGGAGAAGAAGGCGGAGCCGAGCCCGACCUCGGACGCCACCUCCUCUUCCUCGCCAAAGCACAAAGAUGAGCCGGUGACCAGUCCCACCACUGACAGGUCCUCGGUGGCUAAAAAGCGUUUUACUUUGCAGGGCUUCAGCAAUCUCAAGAGUCCGAAAGGCUCGGCUCUGAGCCCAGAGCACGGCUCCAAACGCCACUUGGUCAAGAGUGACCCCACGCCGUUUGGGUUCAAAGGCUGGAACAAGGCGUCUCUGUCAGUGGACGCCUCCGAAGAGAACGACGGGUACUCCAGCGGCGAGGACCCCAUAAACUCAGACCCUGAGGAUGAAGUAGGAAAGAAGCUGGCUCCGGGAAAGUACACCGUGGUGGCAGACUGCGAGAAGGCGGGACCUCAAGAGCUGUCUGUCAAGAGCGGAGACGUGGUUCAGCUGAUCAGAGAAGGAGAGGAGGGACAGUGGUUUGUGAAGAACCUUCGCAGCAGUAAAGAGGGAUGGGUGGCAGCUGCAAACCUCCUCAGCCUCAUCUCAGAGUCCAAGUCGUCACAAUCACUCAGCAGCUCAGAUGGGAGCGUUUCUGGGAACCUCAGCACUUCCUCCAGCUGCAGUGAGACCUACACCAGCUACUCUGACAUCAAACCCUGACUCUUAUUCCACGGCAUGAGAACACUUUCAGGUGGAUUCGCGAAAGCUCGAGCGGACCGGAGGACAAGAAUCAGUGUUCUCCACACAGCCGACCACCUCACAGUUCGUCAACCAAAAACAAUCUCUCUGCGAAUGUGACGAGUGUCGUGGCUGAGCGCUAUCUACGCCCACCUUUUCUGAGCAUUCGCAGUCGUCCGUCGAGUUUUGUACUUUAAUUUGAAUCUAGUCUUAACUUCAAAAAAAAAAAAAAAAAAAAGAGUAUCAGCAUGUUGGUGGAGUUUUUCAGUUCAUUCCUAUUCAGGGAUCAGUUCUUAAUAAUCUAUCGCUUCCUGACUAUGUAGCAUUGGAGGGGACGUUUCUUAAAGAGCAUCUGCGCCGAUUUCUGCGUCACCAGAGGACGAAAGCCGUCGGCGGCCGAGCCCCCUUUCGUGUCGACGGCUUUGCAGCUCAGCGGCAGAUUCUUGCGCGAGGCGUCCCGAGACGCUAUCGGACUCGGUAUUUCGCAUGACACGUCGGCUUUGGUGUCAGACACUGAUCGCACACUGUGAAAACUAGCGGGUGGCUGCAAUGAGAAAUGUGCUUUCAGGCGCGGGGCGGGUCCAAUGUUUUUGUACGUGGGACACGAACGGGGCAGAGGGGGGUUAAAUCCUCGUGGGGUCAAAGGGCGGCGGCUCAUGGGCUUCCCUUAAAAAAAAAAAAAAAAAACAGUUAAGUCAGCGCCACGAGGUGAAUGUCGCCAACAGCACCACCUGGUGGUCUUACACUCGCACACAGAGAGCGGCAGCUUGGACAACUUUUGCACCUCCUUUUUUUUUUCUUUUUUUUUUCUAGAGGGAUUGUACAACUCUGAACUGCUCUGGAUUUACCUCUCAGGAAGAAGAUGUGCGAGCAGGCGGGUGUGACCGCAUACCUGCUUGUUCCUCGCAGUGUCUCUGUUAACGUGUGUGUGCAUAUUUGCCCGUGUGUGCGCGCGUGCUUCUUCUCAAAGCCCCAGGAAGCCUCACUUGUUAUUUUAAAUCGUAAAAGCGUAACAAUAACAACAAAUCCACCUCCAAAAAGUCCUGAUAUAAGAACCUCCCGGCGCAACAGCUGCAUGUUUUUGUGUUGCUGCGCUCACCUAUCUUUGGUGCGCGCCGGCUGCGACAAAAGCGCGCUUUGUCCUCUGCCUUUGCUCCCAGCCCCGUUCAAGCAUGUGACAGCAAACCACUUCUCCGCAAGUCGGGCUAACCGAGGCGGCCCAGACCUGCUCGACGUGUUUGCACCUCCGGCCCGAGCGCAACGUUUGUUUACUUGACAUCACAAUGUAGCCGUCGCGGUUUAAAAGUCUGACUUUUUGGUGUGAAUUACACAAGCGAGGGGGGGGAAGGUGAUCCCACCCCCCUAGUUGGUCCGGACUGCUGUCAAACCUCUGACGACCAGCUGUUCUUAACACACAAGGAAACUGUGCUACUCUGAAACCUGAAUGACAUCUUGCCAUGUUUUUUUUUUUUUUAUACACAACCCAAGGUUUCUACUGUACCCCCACUGUAAAACAACCUCUUUGUUUUUUUUUUUUUCCAUCUAUAAUGCUGAAUGUGUGAGCCUGGAAAGUGCAGCAGGCCGUCGCACUAAAACCAGCCCCACCCGUUUAUUACUCCGGCUGGACCGUAUUUGUCCGCCCCGGCUCGACAAAGCCGCGAUCAACACCACCGUGGGUUUGUUACCGUUUGGUGUCAGACUGUGAGCUAAACCAGACAGCGGGGGCCGGCGUCACGUUGCCGAUCCGUGUACAGAUGUGUCCUCUAUACCUCACGCUGUUUUCCUCAAGAGCAUGUAUAUUGUCGAGAGGAUUUGUGGGUGUCUUUGUCUUUGUGUGUGUGUGUCAUCGCUCUUUGUGGCAUGUUCUUCACAGCCCCACUUUUAAACGUCUUCAGCGAACUAUUUUUUACCAGGCACUGUUGUGUAUAUUGUGAGAGUUUAUUUUCUUGCCCUCUUAAUAAAGCUGACACGGGCACUAAACUUGUCAGUGUUUGAUCACGGCCACACAAUAAAGCUUUGUACUUUUGACUCUGGGGCCGGAGAGAGAAGAGAAAGGGUUAUAUUUUUUAGUUUCUGUUUAUGCAGCACAUUGCGGCGUCUUUAUUUUCCUACUGUAUAUCUACCGAGUAUGGUGUCGAUAUAAGAAUAUUAUAAUGAGACAUAUCUGUGUAUAUUUGUAAAUAUGUAAUUCUGACUUGUAUGUAAAAUGAAAAGCAGCUUUAAUAAAGUCUGAGACGGUUUCCUCUA